AUGAUUCUCAUUAUCAUAUGUCUCUAUACAGUUUACAAAUGGUAUAAUCCUGAUUCGAAGUAUGAAAUCGAUUUUACGGAUGAUAUUUAUCUAGACGAUGUAUCUCAUUUGAAUAAAACUCGUAUAUCAUCCAUUUUUUAUCCUCGUACGAUCAAUGAUAUUCAAUAUUUAAUUGCAAAAGCUCGAUUAGAAAAUAAAACCAUAUCUAUACGAGGACAAGCUCAUACAAUGGGUGGACAAACAUUACCAUCUCGAAAAAGAUCAUCGACAAAUUAUGUUUGUGAUCUAAAAUAUAUGAAUCAUGUCGAAUAUGAUAAGAAGAAUCAAGAAGUUUUAGUCCAAGCUGGAGCAACAUGGACACAUGUUAUUUAUAAACUUAAUUCAUAUGGUCGAUCACCAGUUGUAAUGCAAAGUUAUUGUACAUUUAGUGUAGCAGGUACCAUAUCAGUCAAUGCACAUGGUAUUACUUCAGAUGAUGCUAUGUGUAAUUCAGUGAUCAAUAUUGAAUAUAUUGAUGUUCAUGGAAAAGAACAAGAAUGUAGUCGAGAGAAAAAUCAAGAAUUAUUUUCAUUGAUUAUCGGUGGAUAUGGUCUUUUUGGAAUUAUUACUCGAUUGAGAUUAAUGACUGUACCAAAUAUAAAAACGACAUUAGAAUACAUUCGAUUACAAUCAGAUCAAUUUCCAACUCUAUACGAAGAAUAUCUUGACGAUGCAACAAUUGAAAUAAAGAUUUCUCGUGUCGAUCUCGUACAUCCAAAUAAUAUUCUCAUGUUCAUUUUUCGUCGACAAUCAUCAACAACAGGCACAGUCGCUGAUUUGAGUGAAGAAGCACAUGUUAUGCAUUCACGUCAACAUUUAAUUUACACUUAUCUAGCACAAAAAAGACUCUUUCGUCGAAUUCGAUUUACAUUAGAAAAAGUUUUUGCACGUCCACUCGAUUUAUCUUUAUCAACAGAUCGUAAUACAACUAUGUAUGAAUCGGCAAAACCAAUGGCUCUUCUAUAUCAACCAGUAACAUUAUAUAAUGAUACAUUUAUAUUACAAGAAUAUUUCAUUCCGAAACCAUUUUUUCGACAAUGGUACGAUCAAUUAAAAGUAAUUCUUCAAGAAAAAUAUAGUCAUGUUUUUCUACUCAAUUUAACAAUACGUUUUGUAAAAAAAGAUCAAACGACAUUUUUAUCAUAUACAAAAAAUACUGAUUGUUAUGCAUUUGUUUUCUAUUUUCGAAUUAAAUGUAAUGAAAUAGGUGAUCAGCAAGUACAUACAUUACAUCAAAACCUAAUUCAAUUAGCAUUUAAUUGUCAUGGUACAUUCUAUUUACCUUAUCGUCAACAUUAUACAUUUGAACAAAUGUUUCAAGCAUAUCCAAUGAUUAAUGAAUUUUUUGAAAAAAAAUUAACAUAUGAUCCAAUCAGACUUUUUUCAAAUGAUUGGUAUGAAAACUAUGAACAACAAACUCUUAUAAAUCAACCAAAAUAUAUCAAUUUAUUACCGAUAGAGAAAGUUAAUUUGAUUACAAAUCAAUUUUCAAUUGUUGAACAACGACGAAUGUAUUCAUUUCGUGAUGUAAUCUUAAAUGACAUUUUGAGACAAAAAUUCCGUAAAUUUCUCCAUACUGUAUUUAAUGCAGAGCCAACUUAUGUAAUUUUUAAUUAUGUCAAUCGUGCUGUUCGAAAUUCUGCCAAUCAGAAUGAUCACGAUAUUUAUCGAGAUUUACAACAUGCUCUUAAAACAAGACAAUUUGCUUGUAUUCGAAGUCUAUGGGCACUUGCUAAGCAAAUCAUACAAUUACGAAUACAAAUAAAAGAUCUCAUACGACAACAAAUUACUAUCUUCAAACAUUUAGGAUAUUGCGGAAAGAUCAAAAAUAUAGUUAGCAUAGGUGAUGGUGGUCGAUGUAUUGAUGAUUUACGUCAAAUAUUAAAAAUUAAAAGUGGCCGAGUAUUCAUUGUGAAUGAUAAACAACGUCUAACGGACAUUAUCGAACGAAAUAGUUUGUUUUCAAUAGGUACUUUCAUUCCAUAUAAUUUCAAAAAUCUUACCGAUAUACCAAUUCCAAGUGAAUCAAUUGAUCUCGUUGUUUGUUAUAUGGGUUUACAUCAUCUACCACAAGAACAAUUGAACAUAUUUUUUCAAAUGAUCUAUCGUAUACUUCGUCCAAAUGGUCUUUUUCUUUUUCGAGAACAUCAUGCUCGACAAGAAUUAAUUCCAUUAUUGGAUGUUGCACAUAUGGUAUUUAAUGUUGUUACUGGUGUAGAUUAUGAAUCGGAAAUAAAUGAAAUUCGAGCAUUUCGAACAAUUGAAGAUUGGCGUUCAUGUUUAAGACGUGCUGGUUUUGAAGAUACAUUUGUUUAUGAUGAACAAGAAGAUGAUCCAACAGAUGACAUUAUGAUUAUUUUUCGAAAACCAGAACAAGACAAUCAAAUAACAAAUAUAGAAUGGAAUGAAAAUUAUCAGAAAAUUAUUGCUAAUCCAGAAUCAAAUUAUUUUCGACCAUGUGAAUGGUUAGUUGUUCGAAUUUGUAUGCAAUUUGGACAAUAUUUAAAUCAUACACCAUUCUAUUAUUUUCCAUUUGUUAAAUUUCUCGUACAUUAUUGGUCAUUGUUUCUUUCUGAAACUAAAUUAUCAAUUAAAAAAUACGGUUUACUAACAAUACUCUUUCGAUCACCUGGUUUUCAAAUGAAUGUUUUUGUUGGUAUUUUUAUGACUAUAACAUUAUUACCUCUGAUAUUGUCAUCAUUUCUCGUACGAAUUUUCUCACCUCGAACUAUUCCCGAAUAUGAACAAUUAGUUCUUGAACAGACAGAAAAUAUUGAUGAAGAUCCAUUCAAUUUUCAACAAUCAAUCGAUUCACAUAUUGAUCAUGUGCAAAUUUUGAAAAAGAAAGAUUUCUAUGCCAUACGAGUACCAAGACAUCAUAUAUUCACGUCUAUAUUAAAAAAAUUAGCUAUGCAUUCAGGUCAAUUCAAUCUUCAUUAUAUUUCGGAUCGGGAUGAUCAAAUUCAAGUUGAAAUUUUAAUUAAUAAUGACGAUGAUGAUGCACAACGUUUAAUGUGGUUAAAACAACAAGCUAGUAUUGAUGUUAUCUAUGAAUAUAAGAAUCCAAUCGAUAAUAAACAAACAACUUUGAUUGUAAGUGUCAAAAUUAAAGAAUUAUUUUCAUUGAUUCGGAAUUGGGCAAAUUUUGAAUCUGAUGGUUCAAUGACAAUCGUUCAAAUUUUUGAUUAUUUUGAAUAG